AUGGCGGGCUCCCCUCAUAGGCGCGAAGGGCGCGUGGCGGCUGUGGAUAAAGCCCUUCUUCUGGGAGCGGGGCGGAACGAGGAGCCCCGGUGGUCUCCGGCCUCCCGCAGUCUGGGGGAGGGAGGUCACGGCUCGGCCCUCCGCGUAAUCCUCUCUUUUUUCUUGUUCCAGAAUUCCAGAGGCACUGCUUCUCUGUUGAAGGAUAGUAUCCCACUUACUGAGUUUUCAGCUUCAGGGCCAUUUGAAGGUCCCGAUCUUCUGCGCAGAGGUUUUACAAGUGUGAAAAGUGAAUUGUUGCCCAGUCACCCACUGGAGUUGACAGAAAAGAAUUUCCAGUUAAAUCAAGAUAAAACAAACUUUGCCACGCUGAGAAAUAUUCAAGGAAUCCAUGCACCUUUAAAGCUGCAGAUGGAAUUCAGAGCAGUGAAACAGGUCCAGCGUCUCCCAUUUCUUCACAGUUCAAACAUGGCAUUGGAUACUCUGAGGGGAAAUGAUGAAUGCAUUGGUUUUGAGGAUAUCCUUAAUGAUCCAUCACAGAGUGAGGUUAUGGGAGAACCACACAUGAUGAUGGAGUACAAGCUUGGUUUAUUGUAACAAAAUAUACUCCACAAAAAUGUUUUGUGUGUGUCUUUCUACUGCAGAUCUAAAUACAUGAUACUAAAUUGACACUAACAGUGUUAAACAGUCCUACAGUUAUCAUUUGCCUUCCUUGAUGAAAAGGCACAUUAAAUGUUUAAAGUCUAUAAAUUGUUCUGUGCUUGUCAAUCAAGUAAAUGUCCUGUAACUAGGUAGUUUAAAUGUCUUUUCAUACACUGCUCAGGACAAUAGCUUCUUAAAUAUGGAAAUGCUAUAUAUGUACACAAGAAAUCCAAAAAUACGCGUGCAUUUGAAAACUGACUGCUGUAGGUUAAUGCAUUUAAUGGCUGUUCUCAUGGAAGAACUUAAGAGGGAAAGGAAGGUAUUUUCCAUUGAGUAACAUUUUGUUCAUGAAAAUGUCCAUACACUUUUUAAACUAUUGAAUAAAAGUUUGCUAUAAAUGCUCUUGCGUUCCAAAAUAUAUUUAAUCAUUAAUCAAGCAUCUCUUACCCAUGACACAGUGUUGUUCCUUUUUAUUGCAAUAUCUUUAAAGACCUUUAACAUGUGCACUGCCAAUGUAAUUCUGCUACAUACGUUUUAUCCCACUCUUGACAGUUGUUUAUGAGGGAGCUGUUAAGCCUUUGUGUAGAAUUGGAAGUAUUGCUGUAAGAAGAGAGUUAAAAGUAUAGAUCUUUUCAUGUGUGUCCCUGAGAGGAUGUUCUGGUUUCUGAAAGUAGAAGCAAAUUCCACUUGGAGUUUAAAGAGAUGUUUUAAAAUCUUAUUUGUAAACGUAGUCCAAAAGAGCACUCCUAGGUCUAGGCAUUUUAGUAAUAAGAAAGAAUGCAGAGCCUGAUUAUGAAAGUGCCUAAUAAAGGUGCUGCAGUAAGAACAUGAA